AUUCUCUUUACAGACUCCUUCUAUGACACAUUUCACACUAUGGCAGACAUGAUGUAUUACUGCCAAGCCUUGGCUCUUUUGGAGAUUAUAAAUCCCUUAAUAGGAUUGGUGAAAACAGGAGUUGUACCAGCUGUGAUGCAGGUCCUGGGCAGAAAUUUCAUCUUAUUUAUCAUCCUUGGAAACCUGGAGGAGAUGCAGACAAAGGGUGUGGUCUUCUUCAUAUUCUACCUGUGGAGCACAAUUGAGGUCUUCAGGUACCCGUUCUACAUGCUGGCAUGCAUAGACACUGAGUGGAAGCUGCUCACCUGGAUUAGAUACACAAUCUGGAUCCCACUCUACCCGCUUGGAGCAUUGUCAGAAGCUGUGUCUAUUGUUCAGGCAAUUCCAAUUUUUAAUGAAACUGGGAAAUUCAGCUUCCAACUUCCUUUUCCCCUUGAAGUGACUGUUGGCUUUCCUGUAUUUCUUGUGAUCUACCUACCGCUCCAAUUAUUGG